AUGUCAAGUUGUUUCGACAGUGAUGGAGAGCUUUUUGCCCUUGUGUCGAAAGAUCUGGACCGUUGUAAACUACGUGUAUCCUCCAUUGAAUUUUUGGCAACAAAAACCAUUAUUUCACAGUUAUACGAACUAGAGAAGGGAGAAGAGAUUCUUAGUACAGCUUUUGCUUCCAGUGAUAUUUUUGCCACAGGUAAAAGAUCAAAGUCACAUCAACAAAGUCUCGAGACAAAAACCGUUGCUAUCGGUUUGAACACAGGGAAGGUCUUAUUAUAUUCACCGGCUAACAAUGACCUUAUUGCUACAUUGGAAUCACCUUCAGGUGUUGGAAUUACGGAUUUCCACUUCUGUGAACAAAACUUUCGUGGCUAUGCUGUUGAUCUAAACGGUAAAAUACAUGAGUUCGAUCUAAAGAGUCACAACUUGUUGAGAUCGUUUACCCUGGAAGACACUGGUAUCAGAAAGGUUAGCAGUUUGGUGUACGAGGGUUCCCUACAUCUCGUGCUGAGCUCUAAUUCGAUAUAUAUCUACGAUUUGAAGACUAGCUCCAUAGCUCUCAGCUUUCCAGGACACGUAGCCACCAUUUCCAACAUAGUCAUCAAAGAUUCUACCAUUUUCUCCGGUGCAGAAGGUGAUCGUUUCGUCAAUUGUUACUCCCUCACCACCAAGAAGAUUCUAAAGGUUGUUGUCUUUCAAUCCCCAGUGGUAACGUUCAGAUAUGGUGAAUCUCAAGGCCAUGGUGUUCUUAUUGGUGUCACAGAAGAUGGAAACAUUGAACUAUUCAACGAUCCUCUUGCUACCAACACCAUGCAAAAAUCUUCCAAGAGAAGAAGACAGGUAGAAUCGAUAAAUACCGGAGUUAUCAUCGACAUCAACCGUCCUGAGGACAGAAAUGCCGCAAAUGAAAACAUGAAGUUCAUUGAUUUGUUUAUUAAAGGUUCCAGCAUAAUUGUGUCGUGGAUGGAGGGCUUGGUACCUGUUUUUGACACCUUAAGCUGGGUAAAGACGGUAGAUGAUUUUGCAACGUUGCAAAUAAUUACAGAUACGCAUUUGGUGAAGGACCGAGUGGCAUCUCAUAAAGACCAGGGACUUGAAUUACAUGAUUCAGCUGCACCAAAAUUGUAUACCGAAAAGAAUGCCGUGGUAACAAUGGGAGACAACUUUAAAGAUUUGGAGGUAGAUCAAGAGGAUUUAGAGACAUUCGGUGAUCAGCUAAAACAAGCUCCUAUCAAGGCUGCACGAAAAAAGAAGCUAACUACAGAUUCUCUGGCAACUGUUUUGACACAAGCUUUAAAGAGUAACGAUCAUUCUCUGCUGGAGUCUGUUCUUAAUAAUAGGGACGAGAACGUCAUCAAGAAGACCAUAUCCAGAUUAGAUUCUAUAUAUGUUGUGAACUUCCUGGACAGAUUGAGUGAAAGGAUUCUCAGGAACGCCAACAAACAGACAGCGUUAAUUGUAUGGAUCAAAUGGGUGAUGAUCAUUCAUGGCAACUACCUAAUGCAGCAGCCUAAUCUUUUCUCAAGCUUAUCGACCUUGUACGUGAUUCUCUCCAACAGAUCGAAAACGUUACCCAAAUUAUUGCAACUGCAAGGGCGUGUGAAUAUGGUAUUGAACACAAUAGAUAUGAGAAAAAGCAUUCUUCAGGAUAAAGAAACAGGCGAAUCUGACGACGAUUCGGAUUUAGACGAAGAUGUCGUCGAAUAUGUCGAAGAGGUUGAAGAUGGUAUUCUUGUUGAGGCAAGUGAAUCUGAAGACGAGGAAAUGGUCGCAGAGAAUGGCUAUUCAGAAAGUGACGACGACGACUUCUAA